AUGGGAUGUAUUAUUGGUUUUACAUUUUCAAAUAAUGAGACAAAUAUUAAAAUAUAUGAUAAUAUCUCAGCUACAAUUAAUAAAAUUAAAGAGAAUAAUAUUGUUGCUAAAGAUAUAAGAGUAUAUAUAUUACAA